UGCAAAAUGAGAAGCAUGCAUGUUAUUCUGCAGCUUAUGCCUGUACUAUGCACUUUAGAAGUGGCUGCCUCCCUUCUAGGGGAAAGCAGAAGCUCUUCCGAGAAAGCUUUCCAGAGGGGGACAAGAGAACUGAAUGCUCCAUCCCCGAUAGAUUGUAAGCUGAGCAGCUGGAGUGAAUGGGGGCCCUGUGACCCAUGCACAUAUCAAAGGUUUCGCUCUAGAAGUAUUGAAAAAUUUGGACAGUUUGGAGGAAAAUCAUGCCUGGAGGCUUUGAGAGAUACACAAAGCUGUAAAACUAGUCGAGUCUGUCCUGAAGAACCAGAACCAGACUGUGGUACUGACUUUCAAUGCAAUUCUGGUCGAUGUAUAAAGCAACGUCUUGUGUGUAACGUAGAUAAUGACUGUGGAGACUUUUCUGAUGAAGAUAACUGUGAGUCAGACCCACGAUCACCAUGCCGUUAUCAUGAUAUUGAUGUGUCAGAAAUUGGCAGGACUGCAGGGCAGGGAAUCAAUGUUUUAGGGAUGCAGCCAAUGGCCAGUCCGUUUGACAAUGACUUUUUCAACGGCCUUUGUGAAAGAGUGCGUGAUGGGAACACGCGGACGUACUACCGCAAGCCAUGGAACGUUGGUGUUCUCAUUUACGAUACAAAAGCAGACAAAACCUUCACAGCUGAGUACUAUCAUGAUCGUGCAGAAAUGAUCCUAGAGGUUUACAUAGAAAAAGAAAGAAAAUUUAAGGCUGAUCUGUCUGUGAAAUACACACCUACUGAAGGAAGUGACAAAGAUACUGUAAAAGGAAACUUCAAGUAUCAUUAUAGCAAGAAUUCAAAUUUAAGUUCGGUCCUGCAAAGCACCACAGAAAGGAAACAAACCUUCCUGCAUGUAAAAGGAAAAAUUCAGCUUGGAAGAUUCCAAAUGCGAAGUCGUGAUGUCCGUCUCACAGACAGUUUCCUUGAUGAUCUAAACUUUCUGCCUGCUGAAUAUGAUAAGGGGGAAUAUUUCAAAUUCCUGGAAGAUUAUGGAACUCACUAUGCAGUCUCUGGAGCUGUGGGAGGAAAAUAUGAACUUGUAUAUGUGCUGGAUGAUUAUAAUAUGUCUCAAUCAGGUAUCACCAUAGAAGACGUAAAAAAAUGUCUUGGCUAUCAUUUAGAUGCCAGUGUAGUAUAUAAAGGAUUGAAUGCCAGUCUUGAUAUUAAUGAUAAUAAAUGUGAAAAGAUUAAGGUGAAGGACAAAUCACAAUAUAAAGAUAGUGCCGUCAUUGACGAUGUCAUUUCCUUAGUUGAUGGAGGGAAGAUUGAUUUUUCAGUUAAAAUAAAAGAAAUGUUACUGCGAGGAUUAAAAACAGUUGAUGUGGAGGAUUACAUACAGUGGGCUAAGUCAUUGGUUGAUGCUCCAGUAGUGAUACAGCAACGGCCUUCUCCAAUACAUACGCUUGUUCCAGUUAAGAUGAGAGAUGCCUAUCUGAAGAAACAAAAUUUGGAAAGAGCAAUUGAGGACUAUAUUACCGAAUACAGCGUGUGCAAAUGUGAACCUUGCAAAAACGGAGGCACCGUUGUGCUGGUAGAUGGAGCCUGUACAUGCAUGUGCUCUAGCAACUUUAAGGGAAUUGCUUGUCAGAUUCCCAAAUCUACACUAACUAAAGUUGUCACGGAUGGAGGCUGGAGCUGUUGGAGUGCCUGGUCCACCUGCAUGAGUGGAGAAAGCACUCGAACUCGUCAGUGUAACAACCCUGCCCCAGAACCUGGUGGCAGACCAUGCCAAGGAGAAAGCAUUGAAAAACGGCCCUGUGGUGAAGUAAAAUAGUUAUCCAGCUCAAAUCAG